GAUGCCUCCUUGCAUUUAAAGAAAAUUCACUCUCACUUCCCUUUACACGGAGAAGAAGAAAUCGAGCUCAUCAAUGGCGGUUCUAAGAGAACCGAUCGAAAUUCGGAUUCUGAUCUUCGCUGUUGUUAUCUUCUUCUUUCUCAAUGUCCAUGUCGAUGGCUUUUACCUUCCCGGCGUCGCUCCACAGGAUUUUCAAAUGGGAGAUGCAUUGAUGGUGAAAGUUAAUAAACUGACAUCUACAAAGACUCAGCUUCCAUACUCUUACUACUCUCUUCCUUAUUGCCGUCCUGAACACAUCGUUGAUAGCGCAGAGAAUCUCGGCGAAGUUCUUCGCGGUGAUCGAAUCGAGAACUCUCCCUUUGUGUUUAAAAUGAGGGAAUCGCAGAUGUGCGCAGCGGUUUGUCGUGUAAAGCUCGAUAAGAAGAGCGCCAAGGCGUUGAAGGAGAAGAUCGCUGAUGAGUAUCGAGUUAACAUGAUUUUGGACAAUCUUCCUCUAGUUGUUCCGGUGAGAAGGCAGGAUCAGGACAACGUCGUGGUUUAUCAGCAUGGCUUCCAUGUUGGUCUCAAGGGAAUCUUUGUUGGGAGCAAAGAGGAGAAGUAUUUCAUCCACAACCACUUGACCUUCACUGUUAGAUAUCACAGAGAUGUAGACACAGAUUCUUCAAGAAUCGUCGGUUUUGAGGUCAAGCCGUUCAGUGUCAAGCAUGAAUAUGAAGGUGAAUGGAGUGAGAAGGCUCGGUUAACGAGUUGUGAUCCGCAUACAAAGCGAGCAGUCACAAACUCUGAGUCUCCUCAAGAGGUUGAAGAAGGGAACGAGAUCAUCUUCACGUACGACGUUGAUUUCCAAGAAAGCGAGGUGAAAUGGGCUUCGAGGUGGGACACUUACCUCCUGAUGGCUGAUGAUCAGAUUCAUUGGUUCUCGAUCGUUAACUCAAUGAUGAUUGUUCUUUUCCUCUCUGGUAUGGUCGCUAUGAUCAUGUUGCGAACUCUCUACCGAGACAUCUCCAACUACAACCAGUUAGAGACUCAUGAAGAGGUCCUCGAGGAGACGGGAUGGAAACUGGUCCACGGAGAUGUCUUCAGGCCACCGGAGAAUCAGGACUUGCUCUGUGUCUACGCAGGCACCGGAGUUCAAUGCUUUGGGAUGAUCCUCGUCACCAUGAUCUUCGCCUGUCUCGGCUUCUUGUCUCCUUCGAACCGAGGUGGUCUCAUGACGGCGAUGCUCUUGCUAUGGGUUUUCAUGGGGCUCUUGGCGGGAUACGCGUCUUCACGGCUCUACAAGACUUUGAAAGGAGGCACCGAGUGGAAGAGAAUCGCUCUGAAAACCGCCUUCAUGUUCCCAGCGACCGUCUUCGUGGCGUUCUUCGUCCUUAACGCCAUAAUCUGGGGACAGAAAUCGUCAGGAGCGGUCCCGUUUGGUACAAUGUUUGCUCUCGUCGUCCUCUGGUUCGGCAUCUCUGUCCCGCUGGUUUUCAUCGGUGGUUACAUCGGUUUCAGGAAGCCUGCACCGGAAGAUCCGGUGAAAACCAACAAGAUCCCAAGACCGAUACCGGUACAGGCCUGGUACAUGAACCCGGUCUUCUCCAUUUUGAUCGGAGGCAUUCUCCCGUUUGGCGCGGUCUUCAUCGAGCUCUUCUUCAUACUCACCUCCAUAUGGCUACACCAGUUCUACUACAUAUUCGGGUUCCUCUUCAUCGUCUUCAUCAUCCUGAUCAUCACUUGCGCGGAGAUCACCGUCGUCCUCUGUUACUUUCAGCUCUGCAGCGAAGACUAUCAAUGGUGGUGGAGAUCUUACCUAACGUCAGGCUCUUCUGCGGUUUAUCUCUUUCUUUACGCCGCGUUUUACUUCUACACUAAGCUCGAGAUCACCAAGCUCGUCUCCGGGAUCCUCUACUUCGGGUAUAUGCUCAUUGUCUCGUACGUCUUCUUCGUCUUCACUGGUGCAAUUGGUUUCUACGCUUGCUUUUGGUUCACCAGGCUUAUCUACUCUUCUGUUAAGAUUGAUUAAUCAUCACAUUCUGAGUAAAAGCUAUCUUGAAUCUUUCUUCCAUUUUUUGUUCUACACCAUCUCGUUGUAGUUCCUUUUUCUUUCAUUUAAAUUUGGUGAUAAUUCUUAGAUACGUACGAAUACAUGAUCUUUUACCUUCAACUAGAUUGGCACGUGAUAAAUUUUAGAGGAAAUGCUUUAAAAUAAUUUCAUUGAGAGAUAAUUGUGAAAAUCAUUCAUAUUUUAUAAUUUUUCUAAAGGGUG